AUGGUAUUCCUCCACCAACAACUCCCCUCCCGCAAAAGACCCGCCCCUUCCCUCCGCCCACCUCCCCCUCCCCCCAAAUCCUCAAAGCCCAAUCCCACCACCACCACCACCACCCCCGCCUCAAAUUCAACCCCAAACGACUCCUCCGCCGUCGAUAAAAUGGUCUCAAUUUUAGCCGAGGCCGGUUGCACUCUCCUCAACCCCUCCGGCCCUCCCUGCCUCCCCUCCGAUCCCCACAAGCUCCGCCGCGACCUCCACCGCACAUUUUCCUCUUCCGAAAAUGCCCCUACUCUUCGCUCCGACUUCCUCUCCGGUCUCUCCUCCUUCAUCCAAACCCCUCGAAACCUCCGCAGGGUUCUGACUGCUUCAACCAGAACCGAGAGCUUGCUCCGGCACCUGUUGCUGGUCCCGUCGAUCCAAAUCGACAUCCAGGACAUGCUCCUCGAGAAGCUUCCGGAGUAUUUCCAUGUGGAUUCGAGUCAGGAUCCAUCGCUUUCUCUUGAGGACGAUGUUGCUAGGCUGAUUAUCAACCACUUCCGGUGGCUCGAUUUCGUUAUGGAUCCUAAUGCAUUGGCUGAGAAAUUGAUGCAGGUGCUUUCGGUUUGCCCCUUGCAUUUGAAGAAGGAGAUCAUCGGCUCGCUGCCGGAGAUUGUUGGGGACCAGGAUAACAAGACUGUGGUUCAGUCUCUGGAGAAAAUGCUCGAGGAGGACUCGGCUGUGGUUGUGGCGGUGCUCGAUUCCUUUUCGAAUCUUAAUUUGGAUAAUGAGUUGCAGGAACAGGUUAUUACCAUAGCAUUGUCCUGCAUCAGGACAAUUGAUGCGGAGCAUAUGCCCUACCUGCUUAGAUUUUUGUUGCUUUCAGCAACACCAUCAAAUGUAAGGAGAAUAAUAUCUCAGAUACGUGCGAAGCUAAAGUUUGUUGGUGUAUUGAGCCAUCAUGCAUCACAGCAAAGUAAACUCAAAGGAAAGUCACAUGUGGACAACACAGAGGCUUCUAUCCUUGAGGCCUUGAGAUCAAGUCUUAGAUUUAAGAAUAUACUGUGUCAGGAGAUCUUGAAAGAGUUGAACUCUCUUGAGAGACCUCAGGACCACAAAGUCAUUGACAUAUGGCUACUUAUGCUGAUAUACAUGAAUGGCGAAUCUUUGCAAAGGAGUGUCGAAAAGUUAUUUAAGAAAAAAGUUAUUGAAGAUUGUAUUCAGGAAGAUAUGUUUGAUCAAUGCAUUCAUGGACACAAGGAGCGUGUACAGGAUUAUUUUUUAUCUUUCAUUUCUUUGUCCGAGUAUCUGUUGGCUUGCAAAGAGCAGAAGGCCAGGCAAUUUAGCAUUCAUAUGUAUGUUUGUCUCUUUGAGGAGUUUGGUGAUACUUAUUCAAGACAGGAAGUUCUUGGUUCAUUAGUUACCCAUGUGGGCUCCAGUGUGGGUUUUGAAGUCAGUUCUGCUUUAGAGACCAUGAGGUUGCUGGUUUCCAAAUAUGCACAGCAAUUAAUCCCUCUUUCUUCUCAUAUUAGUGGUAUCUUGGAUUAUUUAGAGGGAUUCAGUCUUGAACAUUUGCACAAGGUCUACGAGAUUUUCAGCCGUCUAGCGCUUUUGGUGCGGUCAACUGCAGAUUCACAUGGUUCCUCCUUUGCAAAUGAACUUUUCAUGAUAGUUCGCAAGCAGGUUAGUCAUCCAGAUCUGAACUACAAGAAGAUGGGCCUGGUUGGGACUCUGAAGAUAGUUUCCUGUCUAGGAUGUACAGCUAAUGAUACAUGUCAAUCCCCAUCUCAGAAAUCAAACUGUGAUGAGGCUCUGGAGCUCUUGAAAACAGCUUUGGACUCUUGCAAACAGUUGCCCUUACCUCUGAUCAUGUUUUAUGACGAACUGACUGAAAUGAUGGAAAAUAACACCCUUGAUCCAACAGUUAUGGAAUGGAUUGGCAAACAUUUAGGAGAGUUUGAAUCUAUAUUUCUGUCUGAUCUUGAUGGUGGGAAAUUAGCAUCUGACGAAUCUUAUUGUGGCUUAGAAGGUGAACUGUGGAUGAAUUUGGAUGGUGAUAUAUCUCCUAUUUGUCUGAACAUUUUUCCAUUGGUGUCGUCCACUUUGCAGUCUGCUUCUUCUUUACAAACGCUACCUGCUAACUUUCUAUUAUUAUCUGCAAUUGAAAGGUUGACAAAUCAAGGAUCUCUUGGCGGAAUUGAUGCACUACUGGGCUGUCCUCUCCACCUCCCUUGUUUAAAGUAUUUCUUUGGAUCUGAGUGGAAGUUGCUCACUGGGAAGCAGAAACAGAUUUUAUGUGCCUCUCUUUACUAUGCUUCUAAUUGGAUACGGGAACUACUCAAUGCCUUCUGUACACAAAUCACUGGAAGAUUUGAUUUUACAAGUCAGGCUACUAAGGAGGACAUAAUUGCCAAGUUAUUGAAGCGUGUGAGGAAUCUUAUAUUUUUGGAAAGCUUGUUAAACAGUUGUAUUGAGAGGUACCCUCUACCUCUUCCUGAACUUCAUUCAAAUGCGGAUAUCAAUCGGUCUUCUCUCUUGAACCAACCUCACCAUAUACUCGAGCAUAAGAAGACACAAGAGGACAUCUCUCCAAGUGGCACGAGGAGAAAUAAUAAGACCUCAAAAUCAUCAACAACAUCAGAUACUACGGGAAGGCUCCGGCAGCCCACACUGUUUGAUGUCUUGGAGAAAGCGGGAGUUAUAACAGGACAAGAGGUUUCAAAUGAGGAGUCUUCUGGUUUAUCUACAAAGGGAAGGUCAUGUGAGUCAUCUCAGAAAAAUCCCUGUGACUCUGAGGCUGCCAUUAUAGAAAUGUCUGCUGUUACCAAGGCUCUUGAAGCUCAGAGAUCAAAAUUUAGGCCUCUCCUGGUUCAAUGUUAUUCAGUUCUAGCACUUUCAAAGAGUGAAGCGUCCUGUUGCUCUGAUGCUGCUGCCGAGUUACCCCUACAUCUGUACCUUCUGCGUGAUCUGCACAACAAGCUGGAGUUUUUCAAUCCUGGAAAACAGUUGUGGGGUAGAAGUUUGAGUGCUCCAGCUGGGUUUACAAGGAUGACCAUAGAUGAAUUCGUGAGAAAAACUGGACCACUCUUUCCAAGUCUAAAAACUCAUUUGGAUAGCGCAAUUUGGUUACUUAAACUAGGUGAUGCAACUUGUGAAGAACAUUGGAAUAAUGAAUCGACCUCUGCUGGAAAUCCAGACAAUCCCAAUCUUGUACUUUCAAACUACAAAGCGUCUGCUUCAGUAUUCAAAGAAGUGCUUCAUUGUUUUAGUGCGAUAUUAAAUCUUCCUGCUCUUCAAACGGACAAGCCAGCUCUCGUAUGCUUGCUAGAAGCAUUCCAGCCCAAUAAGAUUCCAGAUGGUUUUUUUGUAGGCAUACAGCCUAACCUUUCUCCCGGGACUGCAGAAUAUUUAUAUUUUGGAGCUUAUUCAUUCUUUGAGGAUGUCUUGGACAUAGCGUGUUCGUUUUCCUUCAUGCUGGCUUCAGAGUCACUUUUUACUCUAGAAUCGGUUGUAACAUCGGUCCAGAAAUUUGUCAGUAAACUGGAGGAAAAUGGUAAAAGCAUGCAGUACGGAUUUAUCCAGGAGGCUGUUCCUGCUUUGCGCAGAAAACUUGGUACUUCCGCUGAGAAGGUUUUAAGGUAUAGAUGGGAUGAUGAACAUCUUGAUAAUGGUGUGAAGAGCAAGGGAGAAACAGUACAGAAAAUAUUGUGUAUUUACCUGGAUAAUAGCAGCUCUACUCCAGAUCUGCUGAAUGAGCUCUCGUGCUCUAUUUUACCCCAGGCUUCUUUUGGCAAAGGAAAGGAGGAAGGUGAUCGGCAUGGUUUCCCAACUCUGUCUUCUGGAACAUUGGGUGUAUGGUAUAAGAUAUUGCAUGAAGAGAAUCUUACAGUUCUAAACAAAUUGGUCAAAGAAGCUACCACCCUGAAGCGACCAAGAGCUGGCAUACAACAUGAAACUAUUGAAAAGCUUCUGAUCAAGCUACACCAGUGUGUAAAUGUGGUGGUAUCACUAGUUAGCCUUUGCAAGACUCAUGACAAGGUGACUUUGCAUGCCAUGGCUGUUGGGUAUGGUGGGAAGUUCGUUGAUUCUUUCCUGAAAGUUUUUGACUUCUUACAGUCCCAGUUUCAAGUGCACAACGAGCAGAUAAUCAGCUUGGUUAUUGAGCUUCAAAAAGCCACAAGAACAAUACAGACCCUAUGUUCUGAAGCAAAGGGCUUGAGACAAACAACUAUAACCAGAAAAAUUCCUGCUACAAAGAGAUCCAUGGAACGCUUUUUGUUCUGCGUGAAAGCUCUUCUCCACACCACACCCAGUGGCCUCACUUUCUGGAUGGGAAAUUUGAAGCAUAAAAAUUUGACGGGUGAGGUGGUGAGUUCACAAGUUUAUGCUGAUCAUGAUAAUAAGAGCAAUGCUGAUGAAGAGCUAGAUGAAGCUCUUGAUGAAUACCCACCUGAGAAUGUUGAGGACACAGAACCAUUGAGCGAAUGAAAGUGCUUUGCACCGAAAGCGCUUUACACAUUUGUUGAACCUAACUUGUGAGUUCAAUAAGAUGCUGUAUAUACAACUUGCAAGACUUCCCUUUUACAAGUAAACUGCAUUUGGUGCUCUCAGUGUUUCACAAUAUAGUACCGAAUUAAUGUAUAUCGCAAGACGAGUCAACUAACUACAGAACAUGUGUAUCUUAAUGCUGAUUACUAAAUCUCUAAACUUUUGCACAACCUCAUGUCUUGAAUGGAUUAGCUCAUAGUGAUUGUAGUCAGAAAUGGUACUCAUGAAACCCUUUAAACAUGCAUGAAAAUCAUAGCUUUAUGACUAGGUGGAUCAAUUGUAAAUUGUAUC